CACAGAGGCAAAGGGAGAAAAGAAAAUUUUCAGAACUAAGAAGCUUCUUUCAUGGCGGCUAUGGUGACACAGAUGAUGACUUCAUUACCAAGGAUGUCUUCUUCAUCCGUAACGCCACCAAUUGUAGCUUCUCCGACGCCAUCUGCAUUGCCGGUCAGAGCUAUCCCAGGCAGUUAUGGGCUGCCCUUGGUUGGGCCAUUCUUGGAUCGGCUGGAUUACUUCUGGUUCCAAGGGCCGGAGACAUUCUUCCGGAAGCGGUUGGACAAGUACAAAAGCACCGUCUUUCGCACCAACAUCCCACCCACUUUCCCCUUCUUCACCAGCGUCAAUCCUAAAGUCGUCGCCGUCCUCGACUGCAAGUCUUUCUCUAACCUCUUCGACAUGGAAGCCGUCGAGAAGAAGGAUAUCCUCAUCGGUGAUUUCAUGCCCAGCCUCAGUUUCACCGGAAACAUUCGCGUCGGCGUCUAUCUCGACACUUCUGAGCCCAAACACACUCAGCUGAAGAACUUCUCGUUAGACAUCCUCAAGAGGAGCUCCAGCGUGUGGGUUUCUGAGUUCCUUUCUAAUCUGGACAUCAUGUGGGGCACGGUCGAAACGGGCUUGGCCAAGAAUGGGAGCUCAAGCUUGAUUGUACCGUUACAGAAGUGCAUCUUCCGGUUCUUCACCAAGACCCUCGCCGGAGCAGACGCGACGAGUUCAUCGGAGAUCGCAGAUUACGGGUUCGCAUAUUUGGAUAAAUGGCUUGCGCUUCAGAUCAUUCCAACUCAGAAAAUUGGAAUUUUACAGCCUUUUGAGGAGAUCUUCCUCCACUCUUUCUCUUACCCAUCCAUACUUGUGAGUUCUGGAUAUCAGAAACUCUACGAUUUCCUGAAGAAGGAAGGGAUGGAGGUUAUACAGAGAGGAGAGACCGAGUUCGGACUCACUGAAGACGAAACGAUCCAUAACUUGCUCUUCGUCCUCGGAUUCAACGCGUUUGGUGGCUUCUCCGUUUUCCUCCCUGGAUUGAUAAGCACUCUUGGAAGUGACGAGACCGGGUUGCAGAAGAAGCUAAGGGAAGAAGUGAGGGAGAAACUUGGGUCAACCCAGAAACUGAGUUUUGAAUCGAUUAAGGAGAUGGAACUCGUUCAAUCGUUCGUGUACGAGUCACUCCGGUACAGUCCACCGGUUCCGUUCCAAUACGCACGAGCUCGGAAGGAUUUCGUGCUGAGUUCACACGACUCAUCGUAUGAGAUCAAGAAGGGAGAGCUUCUCUGCGGUUACCAACUCUUAGCGAUGAGAGAUGAGAAGAUUUUCUCUGAACCGGAGAAAUUUGUCGCUGAUAGGUUCACCGGAGAGAAAGGGAGAGAGUUGCUGAAAUAUCUUUACUGGUCCAACGGACCACAAACCGGUUCGCCCAGCGCAUCUAACAAACAAUGUGCGGCAAAGGAUAUUGUCGUACUCACCGCGUCUCUCUUCGUCGCAGACUUGUUUCGAAGGUACGAUUCCUUUAGUGUCUCCUCCUUGAGUCUCACAGCCGUUGAAAAAGCAAAAUGAACGGUGUCAAUAAAAAUUGAAACUAAAAUA